GGACGAAGAAGACGACGAAAGCUGAGUGCGCAUUACGCUCCAUCCGCCCAGAACAAAUAUGAUGAUGAACGUGACCAGUGAGCCUGAGAAACACUGAGAGCCCACCGCGCUCUUUAAACUCUGCCACCAGAUCUCGACCAUUAUUCCCUCUUCAAUCCCUAUCUUUCACUCUACUUGCUCAUUUCUCUACUUCUGAAGCAGUGAAAACCCUAGAUCUUGCCUUUGUUUGGUAUUUUUAUUCGUUGUUUCUCGAGCCACCAGAGCUCAACUCCACUCCUGUAGGUUCACAUUUCAAGGCCCCAUGGGGCCUCAUUCUCUGGCUCUACUUGUUUUCAUGGUGGCAUCUAUUUAUUUAGAGAGCGCAGUGGCGAUGACAUUGUCGACGAGGCUGAUUCACCGGUACUCGGAGGAGGUGAUGGGUUUUAGGGUUUCCAGUGGCCGGAAUGUGAGUGGAAGCGGUACGUGGCCGGAGAAGAGGAGCUUGGAGUACUAUCGGAUGCUGGCGAAUAGUGACUUCCAGAGGCAGAAAAUGAAGCUUGCGCCUCAGUACCGGCUGCUCUUCCCGUCCGAAGGGAGCAAAACGAUGGCCUUCGGAAACGACUUUGGAUGGUUGCAUUACAUGUGGAUUGAUAUAGGAACACCAAAGGUUUCUUUUCUUGUUGCUCUGGACGCGGGAACUGAUCUUCUUUGGAUUCCGUGUGAUUGCGUACAAUGUGCUCCCCUAUCUGCUAGUUACUAUAGCAGUCUGGAUAGAGAUCUCAAUGAGUAUAGUCCUUCUGCUUCAAGUACCAGCAAGCAUGUAUCUUGCAGCCAUCAAUUAUGUGACUCGAACUCAAAAUGCAAAAGCCCUAAGCAGCAAUGUCCUUACACUAUCAACUAUUAUACAGAAAAUACUUCGAGUUCUGGGUUGCUGGUUGAAGACACAUUGCAUCUUGCAUCAGGCGUGGAUGAUACUUUGAACGCUUCUGUACAGGCUUCUGUGAUUAUAGGGUGGCUAAUUCUAUGCGGUAUGAAGCAAAGUGGUGGUUACUUGGAUGGCGUAGCCCCUGAUGGUCUGAUGGGCUUAGGACUUGGAGAAUUAGCAAUUCCAAGUUUCCUUGCUAGCGCAGGAUUGAUCAAGAACUCUUUCUCGAUGUGCUUUGAUGAGGAUGGUUCUGGGAGAAUUUUUUUUGGAGAUAAGGGGCAAGCUACUCAACAAUCUACUUCAUUCCUUCCUUUAGAUGGGAAAUAUAUAACCUAUAUUGUUGGGGUGGAGGCUUCUUGUGUCGGUAAUUCUUGUCCCAAGCAGACAAGCUUCAGAGCCCUGGUUGAUAGUGGGACGUCAUUUACAUUUCUUCCAGAUAAAGUAUAUGAAGCAAUUGCUGAGGAGUUUGACAAGGGAGUGAAUGCUUCAAUCUCUACCUUUGAAGGUUAUCCUUGGAAAUAUUGCUACAAGACCAGUUCACCGGAGGUUCCCAAGGUUCCUGCCUUGAAGUUCAUGUUUCCGCUGAACAACAGCUUCGUGAUUCGUGAUCCUAUUUUCCCGAUCUAUGGCAUGCAAGGAGUGACUGGAUUUUGUUUAGCCGUUCAGCCAGCAGAUGGAGAUAUUGGAACAAUUGGGCAGAACUUCAUGACGGGAUACAGAGUUGUUUUUGAUAGGGGGAACCUGACAUUGGGCUGGUCACGUUCUAAAUGUCAAGAUUUAAGUAAAGGAAUGUCCCUUCCACCCCCUCCAGAAGUCACACCGCUGAACCCUCUGCCUACAAAUGAGCAGCAGAGGGCUCCUAAUGGGCAUGCUGUCUCACCUGCAGUUGCAGGAAGAGCUCCCUCUAAACCAUCUUCUGCCUCAACCCAGUCAAUCUCCUCACAGUUUUUAAUCUUAAAAUCAUUGUUUCUGCUUUUUCCCUUGCAUAGACUUGUUUCAGCAUUCUAGGUACAUAACAGCAUCGCAUAGGGCUUAAAGAUACAUCUAUGCCGCAUCUAGUUUGUCAUGUAAAAUUUAGUCUUCUUCUUGAGUAUGGAUACGUAGAUCUACUCAUCAACCCAAGCGCCAUUGCUUUUUUUAAUCCUUUUAUGGCCAUUGGGUUGACUAGGCCUGUAGGAUGUGUAUUAUGUUGUUUGUUUUAUAUAUAUAUAUAUAUCUUCAUUAAUUUUC